AUGGAAGCCACCACCAUCGCCUCCCUCGCACGGACCCUCGCCUCCUCGCCGCUCCCCCGGGGCUCCCGCCAUAGCCGCGUGCGCGUGGCCGUGGCGCCGGAGCGGCGGAGGAGGUGUAGGGCGGUGCUCGCCGCGGCGUCCUCGACGGGCAACUACGUGGUGCCGCUGGAUGCCGCGCCGUCGGGGAUCACACGCCCGCUCGUCGAGAUCCUGCGCGGCCUCAACAAGCGCGUCCUAGAGACCAUCGUGCUCCCCGCCUCCCGCCGUGCCUCUGCCUCCGCUUUCUACCUCAACAAUUGCUGGUGA